UUAGAAUAGAAAUUUUAAAAUAAAUUUCUUUCGUCUUUUAUUCAUUAGCAUUAAAGUAAUUUUGUACAAUUACGAAAUAGUAUAUAGAAAAUUAAAAAAUUAUUACUUUGAAAAAAAUUCUCAAAAUAAAAUUUUAAUGGAAUUAUUUUUGUGAUUUAAAAGUAUUUGCAAAAUAUACUUUUUACAUUUUUAACUAUUUUUAAAUUGUAAAAAAAAAAAAUAAUUAAAAAUAACAACAAGUAUUUACAUAACUAAAGUACAUUUGUAACUAAUUAGUGUAUAAAUUAUCCACACAAUGGGUAUUCCAGAUAUACGACAACUGAUAACUGUCGAAUUUGAGGUGUAUGGCCAUGUGCAGGGUUGUUAUUUCACCAAGUUUACCCGAGAUUUAUGCACUAAAGCGGGCAUUACCGGAUGGGUAAAGAAUUCCAAACAGGGGACAAUUGUUGGCAAAAUGCAAGGACCUAAAGAUGAAGUUGAUAAAAUGAUUAAUUGGUUGUCGACGAAGGGUUCUCCCGGUUGCCAAAUUGAAAAAUGUGAUUUACGAAAUAUGGGUACAUUAAAUCGUUUAGAUUAUAAGACUUUCGAGAUUAGAUUUUAGUUUAAUUUACUAUUACAUAAUUAGAUAUUUUAGGACAUAAGAACGAUUAUUAAUUUAAAUUUUGAAACUUUUUACCAAAGAAUAAACCUUUUUACUUUGAUUUGUAUAUUAUUUUUGUAUAAUAAAUUUUCCCAGGAAAAUGGGAACCAAAAGUUA